AUGUUUUAAGAUAAAUAUGGAAAAACUGUUAGUGAGUUCAAUCAGAAGUACAAUAUUGUAGCAAAUCCUUCUCAAUUAAGAUUUGAGGAGGGAUUGCUAAAUUACAAGUACAAUUCACUUUUGGGAUAAUUCUAAGAUUGCCUUUUGCAGGAUGUAAUGAUAUUUUUAGAUUUAAAAAGAUUCGAGGAGCAAUAGUGACAGCAUAGAGAGGUUACUUGUCAAGGAAAGUGUUGAAACAUUACUUCAAGGAGCUGCCAAAAUAAUUACGAGCGGAAUACUUUGGCUCAUUGUUAACAUUGUAUAAAGUAGUUGAAAUCCGAAAAUAUAGGAAUCGCUUCGACAGCAAUAACAGAAUGUGUUCUAUUUCUCUGGCAUGGGCAGUGGGAUGAAAGUGGAGAAGGUUACUUGGCCAUUCGUUGAGGGGUUCGGGUUUUGUAUUUGGAUUCAAGUGGAGAAUAUAAAUUAUGAAUUGUUUAAUGAGUAGAAUAUGGGUGUGCAGAAAAUAAUAAGUGUUCAUGGACAAGGACAACAAGGUGGUGGUGGAUUGGAAUGCUUCAUUUUGAGAGGCAGUGUCUACUAUAGGAUAAUACCUGCAAUAUAUUAGGAACCAGACAAUGGGGCUAUUUUGAUAGGUCAAUUGAAGAAUGGGAUGAAUUUCAUAGGUAUAUCCCAUGAAUGCCAAAAGAAAUUCACGUCUUCACAUUUAACAGUAAUGAUUGUUUUGAAUUUCAGUUGUACUUCAACAAUGAACAAUCCAAGACUAUGACAUUAGACUUCCCUCGUUUGAACCAAACCAUAGCUUUGACAAGAUUUACAAUAUGCGAGAAUCUCUUUGGCACAGCCUAAUGCAUCAUCAUAAUGAAUUAAUCCUCCACAAAGUAAUUAAAUUAUAAAUAUUCCCAACUUAGAAUCAAGACCAUCCAAUCCGUGUAUGGACAAUUGCAAAUGGAUUUUAAGUAAUUGAAAACAUUGCCAGCCUGUUUGGAUAAGUACUUUGAGAGAAUCAUGUCUAUUUAUAUUCCUGAAUUUACAGAUGGCAAUCACGUGAUUGAUGUAAUGGGGAAUUGCAAUGCUACCUUGUUAACUAAGUCUGGUGCCGUAAUGGCAGACAAGAAUAAGUUCCAUUUUUCUGGGGGUUUCAGAUUGUUCUAUGUUAUGUUACAUUUAAGUGGAACUCUAUAUAAACAAAUCAAUCAAGCAUAACUUAAUUUGUCUACUAUGUUUGAAGUCAUUAGCCAUAUUCUCAAAAAUAAUAAUUAAUUACAAGCAGAGGCAUUCAAUAGUCAAUUCUUCCUGACAAUUGCUUCAAUCAUUAUGAGUUUUGAAAAACCUUUGAUUAACACUAAAUGCGUUGAAUUGUUGAGUGAGAUCAAAUCUAUUAUUGGAGAUAAUAGAUUAUUGGAUCACUUUUUUAUUCACAUCUUAUGGAAUCCAAAGUUGCAUCAACAAUGUAUAAGUGAUCAAGUGUUCUCUAAAUACUUGUAAUUGGCUUGUUAGGUUUACUUACAAAAUCCAUAGCAUUAUCAACAUUUUAUAUCCUCCAAGGACAUUUUGGAUAUGUUAAUAUUUGCAUAUACUGAAAAUCAAUGUUGUGAUUAACACUUUAAUGACUUUGAAGAGUCCUUUCAAAUGCAAUUCUUAGAAAAGAUCUUUUAUUUGUUCAAUCAAUAAUCUGAUAUUUCUGAACACCUAAUUCUUUUUGAUUAAUAUUUGAUGUCUAAAAUAUCUCCUUGUCUCCUAUUGUAAAUUCUAACCAUUUUAAAAGUACAAAUAUUAAUCAAUUUUUAGAGUUUAUUAGUUGACAAUGAGGAUUAGGGAAUCAAAACCAAUUUUAUACUCCAAACAUGGGAUCAGAAUAGCAUCGUAGAUUCACUACUUUUCAUAUUCAAAUCAACACCAUACUAUGAUAUCAGAGCAAUGAUCAUCUAUUUCCUUCAUCUCAUUUUCCAAUAGCAAUUCCCAAAUCAUAAACUCCAAACACAUUAAGCCAUCGAAUACAUUACCAAUGCUAUCGAACCCCUGAUUGAGUUAAGUCGUAGUUCCAUUAUCUAGCCUAUGAAAAAAGAAUAGCCAUAGUAACAACAAUAAGGUGAUUUUGAUGAACUCAAAAAUCUGGGAACUCAAUUCCUGAACAAUGAUUAUGAAAGCGUACCCUAGGCUCCAUCUAUGACUAAUCGUCGUAAACCUCCCUAAGGAUUCUUUGAUAAUAAACAAAGACCUCCUCCUCGAGCUCAAUCGAUACCUGCUCCUGAGACUGAAAAAUCCAAGCCUCCUUCAUUUUCUGUUGAUUAGAAGGGAAAAAAGAAAUUUCACAUUAAAAUUGAUACUGAUGCUAUUAAUGCACUUUAUAAUUUUGGAGGUGAACAAGGGAAAAAAAAUGGAUUGUAUUUAUAAAUAUAUAUGUAUAUCUAGUGAUCAUGAAGCUUUUAAUAAGGAAAUGGCAGAAAUAAAUAGAUUAGCCAAGGCAUGCCAUAUGUAUAUGUAAGGACAUCGAGAACCUGAAGAACCAUAUGUGGAAUCUCCAAAAUUAUAAUAGAAUGUAGAGUCUCCAAAAUAAUAAUAAUAAUAAUAAACUGUUGUUAGACAACCACCAAUGUCAACAAAAAAUAGUUAAGCACCAAAAUAAUAAUUUUAAUAAGAAUGUAUUUAUAUUAUGUUAUUAUUGUUUAGUAACGCAAAUAAAGGAAGUUUCCUCAUCUUCCAUGUCAAUUUAGUAAGUUGAACAAGUUCAAAAAAAGAAAAUGUAAUCAUUUGCUUCUGUUUACAAUUAACUUAUGAGUUGGAUGAUUGAUAAGAUCAAGAUUGGAGAGAAUGAAUCCAUGCUGAUAGAGGAGAAAGAUCAAAUCAAGAAUGAAGGCAUCAUAAAUGCUAUAAUGAAAAUUGUUGCUUUUUCAAUUGAGGACAAUCUUAAAGCUUAAAUUUUAUAAGAUUUACUUUGUCUUUGUAAGUCACAUUAAGGCAACUCGAUCCUUAUUUUAGGAUAGGCAGCAUUUUAAAAUGAACUUCUUAAAGUAUUGUCAGCACAAGAAGAUCAAAACUUAGUAAAAUAUUAUUCUAAUUUAGAUCUAUGAAAUUGGCAGUCGGUUACACACCACACUCAUAGUAUAAGUAUUGAAGUCUGAAUUCAUCGGUGCUAAUUAUGUAUACGAACUUUUAAAAUGGGGUGUCGAAUUCAAUCAGAAAUUAGUAGAAGUGCAAAUGAAUGUGAUCAUUGACCAACUACAGUAUAUACGAUAUUUAUAAUAGUGAUCAAUGUAAGACAUGUCAGACUGAUUCUCAAUUGUGGAAGAACAUUGCUCAGACAGCAUUGUAUUUGAUAGAACUGAAGCAACAUUACCCUUAAUUGAUAAAGAAGUUUAAUAAAUUUUAUGACUUAAUUCAUAAGGAUUACUUGAUUAAUGGCAAUUCAGAAUGUACUUUUAUUUAAAUAUUAAUUUUAGAAUAAAUCGAUCUAAUAUAAAAAUGCUACAAUCAUUUUGACUUAGCUUAAAAAGUCUAAUCGUUCUUUAAUACUAAAAUACAAAAUCAUAUUAUUUAUGAAAUCUUAUUGGAAAGCACCGAUUAAGCCAACUUACUCCAAUUACUUAAAACAUACGCAAUAACAUUGGAGAUUUGCCAAAGUGAAGUCACCACUGGAUUAGCACUUAUGCUAUCGAAGAGCAGGAAUCAGGAGAGUUUCAAAGAAGUAAUUAGAUUUAUCUGUUACAUUUUGUUUGUAUCUAAGGAGAGGAAUCAACCAUCUAAAUUAAGGAAAUUCAUCACAGAUAUUAACUAGGAAAGUGAGGUAAUCAUAGACAGUGUUUUUGCUACAUCCUUCCAAGAUGAUUCAGUAUUGGAUUAAUUGAUAGAGUUGAUCAGCCAAGAUAAUACUUUGAAAAAGGAGAUUUAAAUUAAGGUGAACAUUCCAUAACAAUGGUCUAUGGAAUCGAUUGUUUCACCAUAGAAGGUGUCUAGAGAUGUGUAAUAAUUGGGGGAAAAUAGAUACAUAGAAAUAGAGGAGAGGAAGGCUUAGUGGAUUUAUAAGGAGAGCGAGAAGGAGCGCAUUGGGAGAAAUAAAUAUCAUAAAUCUUUGAAUUCUCUCUUCCUGAAUGAUGGUUGGCUAUCUUAAGGUUAAGGGUGUAUUUAAAGAAAUGACUUGGUAUAGGACAUAACAUAGGAAGAGUUUGUUUAAUGCAAGUACUUUAAAAUUAAAAUAUCAAAAAUGCUCACCAAAUCUUUUGCUAGACCUUAUAUAAAAAGCAUCCCUAUAAUUCCAGAUGUUUUAAGAAAUAAACCAGUCUAUCAGACUCCUUAGACUGCUCCAAUCAUUUUGGGCCAUGAAAUAGAUAAAUUCGAAUAGCUUUAUGGAUAGAGACAGUCUACUAAUUCUUAGGCUGUUCAAGCAGCUACUCAAUUAUUGAAUAUGGGCAAGGCAUUCGGUAACAAUAUAAAGAAUGCUGUAAAAACUAUAGCGAAUUAAAAGAUUCAAGCCUUAGAUAAUAUUAAGGCAUUUGGAGAGAAUACAUUUAAAGGGAAGAAAGUUCUUGUUAUAAAUGGGUUGUAUGUGUAUUAUGCGUUGAUGAGUUUAACAAAUACUCAUAUUUUAUUGUAAUAUGAGUACUUGAAAAGUGAAGGAUCACAUGCGGCUUUAGGAGUGUUUGAAUUAAAGGAGGAUUAGCGAUUAAUAAAAAAGUAUCCCAUUUAUAAUUUGACUUUGGUGAUUAAGAAGAAAUAUUUAUAGAAGAGGACUGCUUUGGAGUUAUUUUUCAUUGAUGGGUAAUUGAUAUUUGUUUAUUAUUAUAUAGGAAAUCAUUAUUUAUUAACAUUUGCGAUCAGAACGAUCUGGAUGAGAUAUCUUCUAAAUUGUUGAACUACCGUAAAAGUCACUAGGCUCCACAUUUCAAUCAGAGUAAGACUACAGAUCCAGUGAAAUUAUUGGAGAAGUAGGGGUACUUGUAGAAGUGGAAUAAGUAUACAUAUCAUCAUAAUUAUAAGAUAAUAAAUGAGUAAUUUCAAGUACUUGUUGUUGUUGAAUAAUUUGGCCUCAAGAAGCUAUAAUGAUUUGACUCAAUAUCCUGUAUUUCCAUGGGUAAUUUGUGAGCCAAAAGACUAACAAAUAGAACUGGAACAAAGUGUCAGAAUAUAUCCUGAGGGGCAGUUCAGGCAAAUGUAGAAGACGAUGGGUGCAUUAGGAAAUAAUUCAAGAAUUAAGAGUUACAUUGAGAGAUUUGAGCAGUCAGAGUAAGGGGGAGAGAUCCCAGCUUUUCAUUAUGGAUCUCAUUACUCAUCGUUGGCUAUUACUUCUUAAUUCCUUAUAAGAUUGGAACCAUUCACAACAAUAGCAAAGGAGAUCUAAGGAAAUAAGUUUGAUAUACCUGAUCGUCUGUUUUAUUCUUUGGUGGAGAGCUUCCGUUGUGCAACAGAGGAUAUUGCAGAUGUAAGAGAGUUGAUUCCAGAAAUGUUUUGUUUGCCUGAGAUGUUUCUUAAUUUGUAGAACUUGCAAUUUGGUAAAACACAAAAUGGAAUCAUCGUUAAUAAUGUUUAAUUGCCUAAAUGGUCUCAUAAUAAUCCGUGGAGAUUUGUGGCAGGUCAAAGGAAUGCUCUGGAGAGUGAGGAAAUUUAAAGGAAUCUUCCAGAAUGGAUUGAUUUGAUAUUUGGAUUUAAGUAGAGAGGAAAAGAGGCUGAAAAGAAUUUAAAUAUUUACUUUUAUGUGACAUAUGAUUAAUAAUUGACAUUGCAGAUGAUGGAAGAAAAUAGACUCAGUAUUGAAGCUUAGGUUGUGAAUUUUGGAAUCACUCCAUUAUAAUUAUUUCUGAAACCUCAUAUUGGUAGAUAGAUCAAUACUGAACAUCAUUUUGUUUCAAAUUCCUAAGAAUUAAAAGUUUAUAGACCAUAAAAUAAAAAGAAGGUACCCAAUACCAUGAAACCAAUUAUUGAUUUGCAAUAAGCAAGCAAUAGAGCGAUAGUGAAGAUCAAAUGGAUUUCAGAUGUGAGAUUGAUAUGUAUCAGGAAAGAGGGUAAGAUUGAUUAUCUUAAAUGGUCGAGUCAAACUGAUGUUCAAGCCAAUCAACCACCCUUCCAAUGUGGUUUGGAAAGAGAAAAACAAUUCAACUUUGAAAAACCUUAGACUGAACUUUUCAAUAUUUGGGAUGUGUCAGCUCAAUUGUCUUCAUAUCCUAUGUUGGUGUUUAAUUAGGGCAAGCUCUUUAUUUGUGGAGGGUAUCACCUCGGUAAAUUGAUUAUCAUAGGUGAUAACAACCAAAUUAUUGAUAUCUAUCAGAUACACACUGCCACCAUCACAACAUUGGCCUCGGAUAAAAAAGAGUCGGUCAUCAUUUCUGGAGAUAAGAGUGGACAUGUCAUCUUAUGGAAUGUUGAUAAGCAGAAGGAUCUCUAUAAACUGAUUGCCAAAUGCAUGUAUUUUGAUCAUCAGAAUCAAGUAUUUGAAUUAUUCAUUAUGUAGAUCAAUUGCAUUCAUGUUUCUACCAAUAUGAAACUAUUUGCUACUGGAUGCACAGGUGGUUACAUCUAUCUGUAUAAUCUAUACAAUGGGUAAUUGACGAGAUCAUUCAUACAUCCCAAUAAGAAUCCAAUCAAUGCGAUUGUCAUGAGCAAUAGACCACUGUUCUGCAUUGUUUUCUAUUCAGCAUAUGAUCAUCAAAUUUAUAGUUAUUCUAUCAAUGGAUUCUUAUUGGAAGUUCAACAAGAGCAGAGUUCAUCGUUGAUUGAUUGUCAAAUUAUGAGGAAUAAUCUCUUUUAAGACAUUAUGGUAACAAUUUAUGCAUAUGUAUAUAGGUAUAUGGCACUGAAAAUGGCGAAUUGGUUAGAAGAUCCUUGCCUUAUUUAUAAUAAUUAAAAAGAUUUCAAAUAUCAGCCAAAUCCCCUGUAUUAUCAAUUUCUUGCUCAAAGGAUAAGAAGUUUUUCAUUUGUGGAUGCAACGACGGUGAAAUUUCAGUAAUGGCAGAACCUCAAUAAAAUAAAUGA